AUGCUCCGGCGCCAAGGCCGCCUCCUCAUCCAGACGCUCUCCACUCCCUCCGCCACCACCGCCUCCCCUAUCCACCGCCUCAUAUCCUCCGCCGCCCGACCACAGGUACACGCUCGGAGCUGCAUCCUCUCCUCUCCCCGCCGCCUCCUCUCGUCGGCCACAGCCCCCGGCAUCUCCCCGACCACCGGGUUCGCCGUGGAGGACUACCUCGUCUCCACCUGCGGCCUCACCCGAGCGCAGGCACUCAAGGCCUCCCCCAAGCUCGCCCAUCUCAGGUCCGCCGCCAACCCCGACGCCGUGCUCGCCUUCCUCGCCGGCCGCGGCCUCUCCGGCGCCGACGUCGCGGCCCUCGUCGCCAAGGACCCCAAGUUCCUCUGCACCAGAGUCGACAAGGGCCUGGCCCCCAUCGUCGCGGGGCUCUCCGGCCUCGGCCUGUCAGAUCCCGACAUGGCGCGCCUCCUCUCGCUCGCCCCAGACAGAUUCCGCUGCAGAUCCAGCGUCCCCAAUAUACAUUACUGCCUGUGCAUCUUCGGCGUCUCCUUGGAGAAGCUGCUCCGGGCCAUCAACUUCAACACCAACCUCCUCUGCUGCAAUAGGAGGGUGGAGCUCAACGUCGCCUUCCUGCGCGAAUGCGGGCUGGGUGAUCCCGACAUUGCCAAGCUGUGCAGCUCGCUACCGAGGAUGGUCACCACCAACCUGGAGCGCGUCCAGACAAUGGUGGCGUUGACCGAAGGCCUCGGUGUGCCCCGGGGAUCUGGAAUGUUCAGGCAUGCUCUCAGUGCUGUCGCAUUCCUCGAUGAGAAGAAGAUCGCAGCCAAAGUGGGUCACCUUAAGAAGACGUUCGGGUGGUCGGAUGCCGAGGAUUGUUGGUUGCAGCAUCAGAGAAAGGUAGGUCACAAGUUGUAGGUGCAUGCCAACUUCAAAGGUUAGAGACCCCAGAUCUGGGAGAGGCAGUGCUGAUUGAGGGGGGCAGCUGCAAGACAUGACGACCCAACGACCUGGAACAUCGACGCUUAAGCUUUGGUAUGAGAUAUAUGGGAUUUUGUCAAGCCGGUCUUCCAAAACUGAAAGGAAUUUUCUGUCUAUGAAGCAGGUGACUUGGGAUGAUUAUCGGAUGUCAUUCAAUUACUUUUAGAUGACGCCCAUCAUCUUUUUGUGCAGUUCAUGUUGGCAACCUUGCUAUUGUGCUUGCUGGUUGAUGAUAGUGUCCGUGCAAUGAUAUAAGCUUGCUAAACGAAACCCAUGAGGUGGGAGCAUGGAGUGUACAGCCUUGCUUGUUUCUGUGACGGCCGUGGGUAUCAGACCCCCUGGGAGUGGAUGCAGGACACUGGAUUCGUCGUCAGAAGCAGUUGGAGUGGUCUACUUUAGCUCAGGAGGCAUUUGAGGCUUUGAAGCUAGCGACGAGCUCUACUCCUGUUCUCGUAUUGCCAGACCCGGCCGCCCCCCUGGGCUCACGAACCGUGUCUAAUACCCCCCAUGGGUCCCGGUUCUUGAAGAACCGGGACUAAUGGGCUGGCCAGGCCCGAACGUUAGCCAUGUUUUCUACGAGUGUGUACUGUGUACAUCUCCAGUCCAGAUAAAUAAGCUUGCCUUCCUUUUCUCCAAUAAAUUUCGCAAGUAUGGAGAAUUAGUAGUAGCACCAGUCAGGGAUCUGUCCAUGCUUUGUUGUUGGACUUUCUUAAUCACCGAGAGACAAUCAGAAGCCACCUCAAGCCUUUGGACCCCUGUGUUUUCAGCAAGAAUGAAUGCUUGGCAUAUAGCAUAGGCUUCAGCAACCUCAGGACAAUAUACAUGAUUAAGAAAGCCACGGCAAGCAGCUCGCACCAGUCCCUUAUAAUCACACAUUACCAAUCCGAACCCAGCGCGUCCAGAUUUUGAGAAAAUUGCAGCAUCCACAUUGAUCAUGAGCAGGCCUUCCGGCGGCGGAGACCAUUUCUGAAUUGAUGUCGAUGUCUCACGCCUGUUGGAACCAUUGCGACAUGAGUUCCUGUUCUCCCAUAUAUGCCAUAUAGCCCCCGCAAAAAUCAUGGAGUGGAACUCAGAAGCUUCAGAAAUCCUGUCCAUUAACCAUUGCCUUGUGUGUGUUGUGGCUAAGUGUGGAAGCGGUUAGGAUAAUUUUGGGUCUAGACCAUUUCUGAACCCGGCUGUAUAGGGCAUGGCAACCGAUUUCUAACAUCCAAAAACAAUUCGAUCUGA